AUGCGGACUUCCUAUCUCUCCGCGCUCCUGGCGCUGCUCUGGACAGCAGCGGCCGCGUCAGACAAGAAGGCGCCGAAGCCGUGCACUGCCGUCUCGCCCACUACCGAUCGCUUUUUCGAUUUGAACCCGCUGCAUCGGACGCCGCCGGAGGAAGGGAAGAAGCCGAAGGAGGGCGAGGAGGGCAGCUGGCAUGCGCGGGGUCACGACUACGGCGCGAACUUUACUAUCAACUUCUGCGGGCCUGUGGUUGAGGAGCUGGACGACGUGCAAGAUUUGGAUAAGGAUCUGUGGAGGAACGUGAGCGCCUUCUAUGAGAGGGACGGGAAGCAGUAUGCGCUUGGGCUUGAAAGCUAUGAACCUGUCUUCCGCGGUCGCAAGCUGGUCCUGAACUACACCGGCGGUUCCCUCUGCCCCUCAUCAAGCGACCGCCGCUCGCCCCAUGCCGCUGUCGACCUGUCUUCCCGAGAAAUCAUUGAUGACGAUGACGACAAAGACAAGGAUAAGGACAAGAACAAGGACGACGAGGACGACGACUCAUCGAAGAAGAAGAAGCCUUCCUCGGACGGCAAGCGCCGCAAGACUACCAUCAUCUCUCUGCUUUGCGACAACGACCCGCUAGUCAAGACCUCGUUUUCCUUUGUCGCUGCCGUAGACGACUGCGUAUACUUCUUCGAGGGGCGCUCUAAUGCUGCUUGCGGAGGCGUACAUAUCGAGGAGCAGGCGUUAGGUCCCGGCGGCGUGUUCGGCGUCAUCAUGCUCAUUGCAGUAAUGGUCUACUUCAUCGGUGGUUGCGUGUACCAGCGCGCAGUCAUGCACCAGCGCGGAUGGAGACAACUGCCCAACUACGCCAUGUGGGCUGGCAUUGGACGUUUCAUUGCUGACAUGUUCAUCAUUCUCACCUCCUCUUGCGCACGCUUCCUCCCCUCGCGACGAGGCUACAGCCGAGUCUCCCUCGGCCGCGAGCACGGCCGCGGUGGCCGAAGAAACGAAGACGAAAACCGACUCAUUGAUAACCUCGACGAGGAGUGGGAUGAUUAA